GGAGGUGUGCACCACAAACACUGGUCCACAAACCUUCCCCCCCUUUAAAGUUAUUUAAUUAAAUAAUAUAAAACUGUUUCGUCCUAGCAUGGCGAACCGAAAUAUGCAACAGGCGAACAUGCAGAGCGGCAGUUCUCCUCAACCGGCGAAACGCGGCACCGACUCUCCGGCCGCGGAGCCGUCACCGGGGAACAAAGACAGCCCGGCGCCGCCGCAGGAGCCUUCCCCCCCGGCCGAGCAGGCGGAGGGAGCCGGGGAGGGCAGCGACGAGCCCCGGGCAGAAAUGACUCUGGAUAUCAGCAGCUUUAGGAAGCCCGGAGAGAAGACGUUCACACAGCGCUCACGGCUGUUUGUCGGGAACCUCCCGGUGGAAAUCCCCGAGGAGGAAUUUAAAAAUAUGUUCUCUAAAUACGGGAAUGUUGGCGAGGUUUUCAUCAACAGAGACCGGGGCUUCGGCUUCGUCCGCCUGGAAACCCGGACGCUGGCAGAAAUCGCUAAAGCCGAGCUGGACGGGACUAUUAUGAAUAAUCGACAGCUCAGGAUCCGGUUUGCGACACACGGUUCUGCUCUGACUGUUCGCAACCUGCUGCCUGCAGUAACAAACGAGCUGCUGGAGCAGGCGUUUUCCGAGUUUGGACCGGUGGAACGGGCGAUCGUGGUGACAGAUGACCGAGGUCGUCCCACUGGGAAAGGCAUUGUGGAGUUUGCAAACAAAGCUUCUGCACGAAAAGCCCUGGAGCGCUGCACAGAGGGAGCGCUGCUGCUCACCAACACACCUUGUCCAGCCAUCGUGGAGCCUUCAGAGCACUUUGAUGACGAGGACGGACAGCCAGAAAAACUGCUGCCUAAGACUCCAAAGUAUUAUAAAGAACGGGAGCAGAUGCCUCGUUUCGCUCAGCCGGGAACGUUCGAGUUCGAAUACUCGUCUCGGUGGAAAGCUCUGGACGAGAUGGAGAAGCAGCAGAGAGAGCAGGUGGACAAGAACAUUAAAGAGGCCAAAGAGAAACUGGAGGCUGAGCUGGAAUCAGCCAAACACGAACAUCAACUCAUGAUGAUGAGACAAGAUCUGAUGAGGCGUCAGGAGGAGCUGAGGAGGCUCGAGGAGCUCCGCAACCAGGAGCUGCAGAGGAGAAAACAGAUCGAGAUGAGACAUGAAGAGGAGCGGAGGAGGAGAGAGGAGGAGAUGAUGAGACACAGAGAGCAGGAGGACCUGAGGCGCCACCCAGAAGGCUUCAAACCAAACUACAUGGAUAAUAGAGAACAGGAAAUGAGAGUGGGUGAGCUGGGCCCUCGUGGAGCCAUUAAUAUGGGAGAUGGCUUUAACCAGGGCUCCCCGGGGCCGGCUGGUAACCAGGGUCAAAUGAUGGGCAUGAGUGGAAGGGGCGGAGCCGUGGGCCCAGAGGGAACUCCAAAUAUGGGCACGCAGUUGAUGUCAGAGAACGGAGCCAUGCGGAACGAUAGAUUCCAACAGGGCGGAUCGAUGGGGGGGCGACCGGAAGUUGAGUCCCCAAAGCAACAACAGCAACAGCAGCAACAACAACAACAACAACAGCAGCAGCAACAGCAACAACAGCAACAACAGCAGCAGCAGCAGCCUCCAUUGGGCCCUCAGGCUGGAGCGGCCCCUGGUUUUGGGCGGGGGAGUCCGGUCGGUGGCGUCUUUGACGGGCCGAACAACAAACGCCGUCGAUACUGACUCUUCUCCUCCUGGAGACUCAUUAUCUCAUGGAUCCUCCUCCCCGACCCCUCAUCUCUGUCUGUUUCACGUCUACCUGCGGUGGGAAUAUUUGCAGGAAAAACUGGCCACUUUUGUCGCCAGUUUUGAACUUUUUAUGCAGUUUUUUUUAUGUUUGGUGGAGCAGGAGUUGCCACUGAGAGCCACGGAGUAUUUCUUUGUAUCCACAGAAUAUCUUCCCCUUUUGUCCCUGAAUUUAACUUUUUUUAUUUGUUUAACAUGCAAGCUCUAAAGCGCGUCCAGAAGGCCGUUUUCAUGGCUGCUAUUGUCGUGGAUAUGAGGCCGUCUUUAAUUUAAGUCAAUAUAAAUAAGAUAAGAUGGAGUAGGUUGUGGUCCUCCCUUUAAAAACACUGUUACUUUUGGUUAAAUUGCUGCUCGAUCAUGUGGUGAGUGAAUGUUUCUGCAGCUUUGUUACAUUCUGCAUUUGACCGUGAAGAGAAAUAAAACAUUUUUUACGA